CGAUAUUGACCGUAGAUAGCAAAGAUCAACGGUCAGAAUAUCUUAAUCCGUGCAAGUGGGACCUUGCCCCCGGAGGAGUGCGGUGUGAGUGAUGUGUUGAAGAACUACCCAGGGGAAGUCGACGAGUUCGGGGCCGGAGAAGUGGCCAGGUAGGCUGCGCAACGGUCAAUUAUUCAUUUUUGCCGCCUGAAUUUGGAGGAGAUGCCCUUAAAUAUGACACUCUUCUCACAGUUAGCGUAAGAGGGGUGGUUUCAGUUCGAACGCAGCGUGCAGAUGUAUCGCCAGGGUCACGCUAUUAGCAGUGUAGAGUCCUGCUGUUUGUCGACGCAGUGCAGUCUCUGUGGUGUGCUAGUUUCAUCAACCUGUUGGUAAUCAUGUCUGAUUUGACUGACGAGCAGAUCUCUGAGUUCAAGGAGGCUUUCAGUCUUUUCGACAAGGAUGGCGAUGGGAGCAUCACCACGAAGGAGCUCGGUACUGUGAUGAGGUCCCUCGGUCAGAAUCCUACGGAGGCUGAGCUGCAGGAUAUGAUCAACGAGGUUGACGUUGAUGGGAACGGAACCAUUGAUUUCCAUGAGUUUUUAAACCUAAUGGCGAGAAAGAUGAAGGAUACGGACUCCGAGGAGGAACUUAAAGAAGCCUUCAAGGUUUUUGACAAAGACCAGAAUGGAUACAUUUCCGCUGCGGAGCUUCGUCAUGUGAUGACGAACCUUGGCGAGAAGCUGACUGACGACGAGGUAGAUGAAAUGAUCCGGGAGGCUGAUGUUGAUGGCGAUGGGCAAGUCAAUUACGAGGAGUUCGUGAAGAUGAUGAUGGCGAAGUGAGUUGUUUACGUUUUGAAGUUAGAUGUUGGAAUACAGAUUUCAUCGACCCUCGAGCAAGAAAUGCAAGAGAGUAGCUGCCGAUGUUCGUUUUCCACUCGGAUCAUCGUCACCUUCAUACCAAUCCCUGUUGAUGGUUCCACCAACUGGUGGCUCAAUAAUGAAGCGUCUUCUUCCUCGUCUGCACACUCUGUCUGUGGUGCGGUUAAUGCGGUACUCUCCUAACACAUUUCUGCCUGUCGUUCGGUCAAUGCGGCACUUUACUAUUUUCCAAGAAUAAACGGCUUAUUUGAGUGAAAUAGCAAUGUCGUUCCACUCAACCGAAUUGUUGGCGGGGGCACGCAGGGGGUGCUGGAGAGGUACGACCUUACCGAUGUCAUGCCGAUGGUGGUGGGUGUUCUCUCAUCACGUUCGUCGUCGAGCAGAUGAUUGGUUGUCACCUAUUCUUUUGUGUUCGGAGAGAUGAUUGGUCUCUCAUUCAUUUGUUGUUGGGGACUUGAUUUGCAUUCUCCCUCCGCUGUCCAUCGUCGGGAAGGUGAUUGCAGAAGAGCGGUAUGUUUGGCGAUGUGGAGGACUUGGCGAGUUAAGAUUGUUCUUCUCGGAAGCGGCUAUCCUGAGAAGAGUGAAUACUCUGUGAAGUUCUUAUUGCUAUGUGUGCGUUGCAGCAUGAUUGGGAGAGGUCGGUGUGUGCAUAAAUGAACGUUUCUAUAUUGGAAACGGCUCUGAAAUCGAUUGGUAGGAUUGGUAAUGGUGGUGGUUGCCACCUCGUAGAGAUACAGUGAGUGAUGGAUUGAAGCAGAGGGACGGUAAUUCUGCAGUGAAAUUUGGGCUCUUGUUUCUUUUUUGCCCUGGGCGGGUGUGGAGGGAGAACCCUCCGCAGCAAUUGAGGGCGAUCAUCAUGGGAGUGGUUUCUUAUACCUUGGAAUAUUAACCGUUGUGUUCGGUCACACAAGUAUUAUGGCUUUCUUGCUUCCGUUUCUCGCUUGAAUAUAUGUCGUCGUGAACGUUCGAUGGUCGUAGAGUAUGUUUUCUACUUGUCUUCCACAUGUGGGCUCCGUAUUUUUCCCUCCUGCCUGCGCUUUGUAAAGUUCACAGUAACUAAAGAAAUUGAGCGAAAGCUCACAUUGUAACAUGCUGGGUUGUGAAUGUUACACGUUGUGAACGUGUAACUGGAAUGUAAAUGGAAAAUGUGUAUACAAUAACCCUGUGGUCUUUUUUACCAUGGGAGAGAGGAUGUAAUGACGGAGCGUUAAAUGAAUUCGUAGACGUUGUUAGGGAUAUUCAUUGUUCACAUGGGCAGCAAGGUGACCCUGAAAUUCGUGGCGAAGGGCAAGUCCCUGGGCCUACAGAUUGGUUCGGCAUGUAUCCCAGUCCCUGGACGGUCGUAUCCAAUGCGAAAACGGUGAAGACCAAAACCAUGGUGUUGCGCAGUUGGAUUAGGAUUGUAAGUUGGAACGUAUGGGUGAUAUUUCAGGAAGAUUUAAAAAAGAAAGAUUAGUGGCAUGGCUACAUCCAAAGGAGGUUCACAGUGUGCCGUCAAGAAAUCAAACUCAACUUGGACGAAAUACAAGAGGUGGCCCAUUGGUGGAGGGGUCUCCAAGUACGGUUUCUGGCUGAUGGCACCAAAGGUGGGGGGAACUAUUGUGAUAAACAAAGAUGUACAGGUGGGCGUAAUUGAUUCAUUUUCAGACCAAAUGGGAAGAUGUGCCUGGGUAAAAGUGGCGGUGGAGGAAGAGAACUGGGCAGCAAUGUUGAUCUACGCGCCGGUAGAAUACAAAGAAAGAACGAGGUUCUUAGCCCAUCUUUCAGCUUGGAUAUUAGAUGUGGAAACCCUGGUCAUAACUGGAGAUUGGAACACCUUAUUCAAUCCGGGACUAGACUCACUUAAAACCUCCCUGUGAUACGAUAACUUAAAGCU